AUGCCAAUUCGCAACCCGUUCGCUCGCCGACCCGGCCCCGCCACCGCUCACGAUGAGAGCUCCCGGCCGGGCUCUGCCGCGGGGCCCACCACGACCGACGCCGCACACCCCGGGUUUGAGAGGGUGGACACUGUCGGGUCCAAGGCGUCGUCGGCAUUCAGCAUCCGCAGCAGCAGGCCGAGCCAGGACACGGGCGAGUAUAAAAUGAGUGUGGCGUUUACCUGCCACCAUCCCCCAUUGAACGAGAAGAAGCCUCCUGGCCGCGGCGCUACCUCGCGCGCACCUCAACCGACAACAAAAGCGGCAGUCUCCCCAUCGGCACCGGCAACAGCGAGAUCGAGCACUUUUUCCAUCUCGCGGGAGUCGUUCGACUCAUACCGGCGGUCAUUUGUAAACACACCCCUUUACACCCCACCCCACACUUCCCCUAUGGUCACAGAUUAG